AUGGGCUGCUGCAUUACAACUACUCAUAAAAGUUCUCAAUUAGCCAAACUAAAUCAAAGCGAAAAAGACUCAUCAGAAGUGGUCGUAAAAACAUCAGUAAACACCUCUAUGCCAAAAUCGCAAGAGUCAAAAGAUGUCCCUUCAUUUCAAUCCUCAACAAACAAAAUCAAAAAAAGAGAACUUACUGAUGUUUACAAUAUCAAAAAAUGUAUCGGUCAAGGGAGCUUUGGAAUAGUGAGGAAAGGCCAACAUAAAAAUGAUCCCAAUCUGAUUGUUGCAAUUAAAAGUAUUGAUAAAUUUAAAAUCAAGUCAAAUUUGCAUUUAUUGAAAAGGGAAGUCUCUAUUUUGCAAAGCAUUGAUCAUCCAAACAUUAUAUGACUACUAAUAAUGGUUAUAGAAUUUAGGAAUAAUGCAGAGACUAUAUAGAUAUUCAUAUAAAUUAACAAUAUAUUUAUUUACCUUAAAUAAUCCUUCUGUUUAUUAGAUUUACGAGCAUUAUUUGCCAACAGUGAAAAAUAGGGAAUGGUAUAAAGUUUUAUGAAACUUUUGAUGAUGGAAAAUACCUUCACAUUGUCAUGGAAUUUUGCUCUGGAGGAGAGCUUUUUGAAAAAAUCAUGGAAAAAGGCAAAAUAAAUGAGAAAAAGGCAGCCUGCUAUAUGGAAAAAAUAUUACUAGCAGUCAACCAUCUCCACCAAGUAGGCGUCUGCCAUAGAGACCUGAAACCUGAAAACUUUUUAUUUGAAAAUGAUUCUCCUAAUGCUGAGCUAAAAAUCAUUGAUUUUGGUUUAUCAAAUAAAUUUGGGGACAAAUUCAAGCACACAACCAAAAUGGAAACUUUUGUUGGAACUCCUUACUAUGUAGCCCCAGAAGUUAUUAAAGGAGAAUAUGGUCCGAAAUGUGACUUAUGAAGUGUAGGUGUUAUCAUGUAUGUCAUGCUCACAGGCCAUCAUCCUUUUAAAGGAGAAACUCCUACACAAAUUUUCCAAAACGUCGUCAGAGGAGAGCUGAAUAUGGAAAGCCCAGUAUGGGAAACUAUUAGUGAGCCUGCAAAAGAUUUAUUGAGAAAACUAAUUGUAACAGACCCUAAUCAAAGAUUGUGUGCAGAUGAUGCACUGCGUCAUCACUGGUUUAGUGAUGCUCCCAAGGCAAAAAUAGAAUUAGACCCUAACAUUAUUUGUGCAUUGAGACAUUAUAAGCCAAAAUCUCAAAUGCAAAGGGCAGCACUUGGGAUUAUAGUAAAGUAUUUAUCACUUGACCAGAUUAAGGAUUUAAGGCAAGCUUUUUAUGAUAUUGAUUUAGAUCAAAAAGGGGAGCUGAAUAUUGAUGAAAUUGAACAAGCUCUAAAUAAAUGUGGAAUAGAACUGCCAAAAACGCAGCUUUUUGAGAUUUUUAAAAACCUUGACUAUAAUGGGACUGGAAGUGUUAAAUACUCAGAGUUUUUGGCUGCAACAAUUUAUUUAAUGUAAAUGGAUUUAAGCUUAAGUCUUUGCGGAGUCUAAUUUCCAUCAAUGCUCCAUUUUAUUUUUAGUAGCGAUUAAUGAAUUCAAAAAAAAGCUCAUAAAGGACAUGGUGGAUAAUAAAACGGAAAUGGAGUUGGAGGCUAUAAUAGGCAUCUAUCUCAAUUGCUUUGGAGAAUUCCAGUGUCAGAUCAACAGUGCCAAACUAGAUGUAAAGGGCAUAUUUAGACUCAGGUAUGAAGCUCACUGUUUUUCUUUCCUUGCCUUCAGUGAUGGUGUUUUUCAUGUCUAAUUCUAGGAUUUCGCAGAAGUGGCUAAGCUCUUCAAUCACUCUUUCAAUGGGCAUAUCGAUCGUAAGACUCGUCCUAAUUUUGUAUCUGCUAUAGUUAGCCUCUCCUAGCGGUAAGUAUGGUCCGGUGGGACAAUACUACAUUUCCUAAGCAAGUGACCUUGAUGUACCCAGCCUUAAGGGUGGCUUUAUACUUCGCGCCAUCAGUGAAGGUGACCGCGCUAUCUCCGGAUACCAUCAUUAGUGCCCUUAGAAUGUCUCCUGGUCAGAAUAAGGCUUCUAGAGCUUGCUUAAAGGCCUCUUUUUGCCUCCCUGCUUGGCUCUCUGAGGUGCUUGGUGAAGUAUAAUGCCAUGGUCUUGGCCAUUUGGUGUGCAUUGGCAAAUUUGGGUACUAUACUGGCCGUCUGAUGUGAACCCAAACAGGAUGUCAUCCGUGCUAACGUUCAGGGAUUGUAGGGGCCAGUCCUGGCGCUCAUUGGGAUGUGUUUCUAUUUGUCUCAUAUUGAACAUACUAAAUAAAGUGACUGGAGAGAGAGAGGAAAAGAGAGAUUUGCAGAGUAUUAGCUAUGUGGCUAAUCAAAAAGCCAUAAGGCCUGUGGCAGCUGCCUCUAAAUUUCAAUUUAAAAUGCAACAAUUUCUUCAAGAAUCCAGCUUGAUGAGCAUACACUUUGGAUGGCUUUUAAAGUGUUCGAUAAAGAUGACCAAGGAUUUAUAACCCCUGCAAAUGUUUAUGAUGUUCUUACGAAUAUGGGGAAAAACGUCAGCCGUAUUCAAGUUAAAAAUAUGAGGUUUUAUAAUAAAUCGUACUAAUAAAACCUCCUAAAUAAUAAUGAGCCAAAUUAUCUUUUUACAGUAUAUUAUUAAGGAAGUAGACUUGGACCAUACCGAAAAAAUCACUUUUGAGGAUUUCAAGAAACUUCUAUCUGAUGGGAAGAUUAAUUGCUAA